GUGUUUAGGGCCAAGACCUGACUACAUAUGGAGAGUUGGUAGCAGAAGGAAUGUUUCGUAUGUUAGGAGCUAAAGCAUCACGCCAUUUGUUUCUUUUUGAUAAAAUGCUGUUGAUUGUGAAGAAAAAGGAGGAAGGAAAACUAAGCUACAAAGGACACAUAACUUGCUCAAACUUGAUGCUGAUAGAAAGCAUCCAGGGAGAACCACUUUGUUUCCAUGUUAUUCCAUUUAAUAAUCCUCGACUUCAGUACACAUUCCAGGCACAUAACUUGAAGCAGAAACGAGAGUGGUGUCUUGAGCUAAAACGAGUAAUACUGGAAAACUAUAAUGCUGUGAUUCCAUCCAAGGCUCGGCAGCUUGUUAUGGAGCUUGGUCAGAAUAAAGAAACAGAAUCGGGAUUAUCUGACAAAAGCAAUUCCAAGCGUCACCUCUCAGCACCCGAGUACUUAGAAAAACGAAAACAGGAGAGAAGAAAAUCCGAGAUCAGCUUGAAUAAAACUUUCAAGUUAAAGAAAGGAAACAAGAAGAAUGAUAUGCUCAGUCCUAAAGGAUCCCCAGCUGAGAAACAUAGAGGAAGGAAAUUUCGAAGUGCCAGUCAUGAUGCCACAGCAUUUCUUUCUGUUCCCUCACACCAUCAGGAACGUCGAGCUAGUUUUGACAUUGCUUGUAGUCCAAUCCAAAGAACAAUGUAUUGUUUUGAAAAUGCUAAUAAGCCCGAUAUAGCCACAAACGACAGUGCAAAGAUUUUUCUGCCAUCACCCAUCUCCACACAGAAUGAAGGUGCUACUAUUGAUAUGGAUGAUGAAAGCUCUCUAUCAGAUAUCCCUAAAACCCCAGAAAAAAUUAAAAAUGAGAACUCUCACUGGAAUGCUUGGAACAAUCUACCAGAUGAAACUACAGAUACCGAGAUAGAAGACAACUAUGAUAAGACUGGAAUUAAUCGUAUUCUUCAGCAUUGUCCACCUUUAAGACAAGUCAGAACAGAGAAAGAGAUGCUGGAAGACCUUGCUGGAGAGUAUGUUACUUUUGUCUUUGCUCACCGAUAUGCUUGUCGGGAUCUAUCGAAAUCAAAUGAAAGGAGGAGUUCACAAUUUUCAACACAUCAGAGUUAUAGAAGUACAACUGCUAAUCAGUUAAAUCAGUCAGGAACUUCAAAGGAAAAUAGAAUAAAACCUGUUAGCAAAUCAGCAUCAUCGUCUCUUGCAAAUAUUACAAAGCAAGGUUCUUUUAAUGAUAACAGUAAUAAAGAUGGAGAUUAUGAUAAUCUAAUUAAUCUGUGGUAUAACUUAGAAACAACCCCUGUAGGAACAAAAAAUAGUGGAGAAAUUUGUAGCACCAUGGAUGCACCAUUAUGGAAACAAAAUGCUGUUAUUCAGAGAGUUCACUCUUACACUUCAAUAACAAAAGUCAAAGUUCCCUCUGCAAGUCUUGAUUACUCACAUUCAUUUCGACAACCAUCUACAAAAAAUCCUGGCUUACCUCAUAAACCCAAAAUAAUACCUCAAGCUGAAACUCAGAGUAAAGAUUAUGAAGAGCUUACUUUAUUCUCUGUCCCUCCUACUCCUGCUUCAAAUUUUAGAGAAAAUCUCAACCAAACUGUUCCAGCUAUGUGUUUAACACAACGAAAUAACUAUUUCUCAAAUAACUGUAGAUCAUUCCAUAAAAGUUCUCAGUUUGGCUGGAAUCACAAUGUUGAACUAGAGUCACGCAAGUCAGUUGACUACCAAGAUGUUGCAAGAAGUAAAAUGAGAGUAAAAACAAAUCAUAAUCAAUAUGGUGAUCAUCAAUCAUUCAUCGGUACAUCAAAAAGAUCCUUUCCUGAAGAUUUUAUGGAUGACUUGAAGCAUUACAUGGCUUCAUCCUCCCACACAAAACAUCAGAAUUUUAGGUUUCCUGUUAAUUCUAGAGAUACAUUGGCAACCUGUGCUACAACUCCUGCAGCUAGUAUAGAGAAUAUGUCUCUUCAUCCCGAACACAGAUUAUAUCGACAGGUAAGCUCUAGAUAUGCUACUCUUAGAGCUGUGAUAUCCAGUAUUAGCUCCAAGAUAUCGGUUCUGAAAGUUAAUCUUGGUUAUUCUAUGACUGAUCAGUCAGAUAAUGAAUCUAUGAUGUCACAUACCAGUGAUUCUCCAAAGUCAGUACAACUUGCAAGUCAUUCAGGUACCAGAUCUGAUCAAGACACUGACCAUAAGGUGCCUAAAACCCACAUUAGCAAUUCUUUUGUGAGAGUUUGUUCUACCACAAAGAAGCAACAACUUGGGAAAGAUGUAGAGGCUAGAAAAACUAAAUCCAUUUUAAAUAACGUUAUAAGAAGAAAAAAUUCUGUUCAUAUUCAAAAACCAGGGAGUUCAGUCAUUGGUGCUCGCAUAGCUGGCUUACAUGAAGCAGAAUACUGCGUACCUAGUUCUCUUUUUGUGUGCCAUAAGCUGAGGUCAAGCAAAGAGAUAGAAGUACGUCCAGAUAGUUUGCUGUCUAAUUCUUCAAAUAUUACUUCAUCCAGUGAUGGAGAUAAAUUCUCUGGAGGAAGUGACUUUCAUUCAACUCUUGAAUCUUUGGUACCAUUAUCAGGAAAUGUUACACACACAGUUGUAAAUGACAGGGAAACUUUAUUAGACAAUAGUGAAGAUUCUGAAGACAGCUUUUAUGAGAGGUCUUUUGAGGCAAUUGAAGGUACCAUGUCAGAAGACCUUUUUCGAGACUCUGCUAUUUAUAGUGAUCCUGAUAAUGCUGAUCUCAGUACUGAGGAGUUUUCUCCAAUAGCAAAACAUGAAGAAUUUUUGGCACCAUGUGAAUUUCAAAAAAAUUACAAGACUAAAAACCAUAUAGAGGAUAACAACAAGGAUUUAUAUUGUUUAGAUAAACUGACCUGUGGGAAUAAUAUUCAGAAUUGUGAAAAACUAUAUUGUAAAACAAAUCUUGAUCAUCCUGAGCAAACAAUAAAGGACACUGAGGAUGUAGAAAUAAAAAAAGACUCAAAUUUUUCAGAGUUAACACUAGAAAAAGUACAUAAUACUGUGCCUCGACGCAUAGAAAUCUUAAGUACUCGCCCUGUCAAUGUUGCAAUAAUACAAAAGUUUAAAAACUUGAGAGAGAAUAAUAAAUUUCAGAAAGAACUUACACCAUCACCAGCGGAUAAUAUAAGUAUUGAAAACAAAAAGAAAGAAACUGAUGACAUUCAGAAAACAUUCAUACCAUCAGUAGUAAAAAGACAGAACUUUAUAACCCAGAGAAAUUUGGAUUCAUCACUAGUGGAAAGUUUCAAAACUAUUCAACAGAAACAGCAGGAUAACAUAAAAAAUCAAAAAGAGCCUAGUCCAUCAUUAGUAGAGGGAUCAACAACUAAUCAACAAAGGAACAGGAAUAAUACUGUAAUUCAAAAAGAAUGUACUCAUUCAUUGGUAUGUGGUUUGAAGAGCAUCCAACAAAGAUGGUGUACUCAGAAGUCCAACCAAUACAUUGAGGAAGAUGAAUCCAGCUCAGAGUUUCCAAAUCCUUGCUUAAACACAGUCACAGAAUCAGUUAUCAAGGAAGUAACGACUUUAUUCAACUCUGUAGAGCCUUUUGAUACACAACCACUUCCAGUAAAAGGAUGGGUGAAGCAUAUUGUAAGCAAAUUUCAGAACGAAAGUUAAUUAUAAAUGUAAUGAUCUAUACUUUCUUUACAUUUUAAUACGCAUCUGUAAUUUUGUACAGAAAUGUAUAUCCUUGUUAUAAUUGUAGUAAAUAAAUAACAGUGAAUGUG